CUUCACUUUGCCAGCUUCAUUUCGCAGUGAAAUCAGAAUGCCAGCACAGAACCCCCAACAUGAGCAACCCCAAGAUGAAGUGCAACACACUGCUCAAGCUGAGCAAAACGGUUCCUUGAGCAACCAGGACAAAGACGAGGCGGAGCACGUGGUUAUAGAUAUGUCAAUUUUGCAGUGUGCUAUCUGCCGAGGAGUCAUUCAGAAAACAAUAACGCUGAUGGAAUGCUUUCAUAAGUUUUGCAAAGAAUGCAUUGAGAAAUCCAUGAGCCAUGGUGUCAAUGAAUGUCCUGUUUGUCAUGUUCAUGUUGCUGGUCAAAUGUCACUGAAAGAAGACCCACAAUACGAUGCUUUAGUUUCUGCUAUAGUGCACAAGAAAAAGGAUCAGGAAGUGGCUUUGCAUCUGCAUGAGAGGACUAAUGCUCAAGAGGCAAAUUUUCAACAGAGUAACACCAGUAUUAGUCGCGAGCAGGCUAGGAGAAAUCGCCUCGCCAAGCUUGUUGAUCUUCUACGUAAUUCUGAAUUGAACGCUGAGGAGUUGGAUACUCACCUUGUGCUUGUCUCUUUGGAUGAGCAAAAGAUACCAAGUUUGGAGGAACCACAUCUUUUAUGCAGGCCUACUUGCUCAGUGAAGACACUCUGCAAGCAUGUUGCACUCAAAAGUGAGCUGCUGGAGAAUCAAGUUGAAUUAUUGUUGGUUGAAGAAUCAGCAGGCAAUAGUUUAAGUGGUAACAUCUUGAUUGAAGAAUCAGGAGGCAAUAUUGUAAUUAGUGACAUAAAAGUUGACCCAAACAAGCACAAAUUGCGUGUUCUGCGAGGUGAAGAAACUUUGGGUCAACUCUACACUCCCAAUCUCACCAACUGUGGUCAUCUGUUCAUCGCUUAUAAGCUGAAGUAGCGGAAUAUGCUUGGGUUUAGCAGAUGAUGAACAAACCCUGAACUAUUAUAUGUUUAUAUGAAUAAUUAAACAGAACAUUGAAAAAUGUCAGGUUGUUUUAUCUCUUUCAAUAAUUUUCUCUCAUGUUAGAGAAAAUGGUUCUGAACCUUUUCGGUUAGUCAGAACCGUGGAUAUGUAGAAACUCUACAAUUUACAGACUUCGGGUGUUCUAAACUAUUUCACAAAUAUUUUGAUCAAGAAUUUAUGUAUGAACUUGUAUUUGAU